AUGCAGCCAACCGUGCAUGGACAGACGCGCUACAUUGUGCGGUUUCCCCAACUCACAGAUUCAGACUUCAAGCACUGGGAGGUGUACACUGACUCCAGCUUUGGCGAGGGCUACUCUCGUGCUGAGUUUGUCCGCUCGAGACGCCCGGCCACAGGCCCCACGGCGAUUGGUCAAACUGUCUUUUCGGGGGAUGGUGGUGGUGCCACCGCCUAUUUUGAUGCGCGCGUCUCAGGUGACGAGUCAGUGGCGAUGGAACCGUGGGAAAAGGACAAACACCCCUACUCCAUUACUUACUCAGCUGAUCGAGCUCAGCGUAUUCCUGAACCCGCGAGCCCCUCUGCCUACAUCAAU